UUCCCUCUUCAUCAGCGACCAGCGGCUCAGCCCCUCUCUCGCUUUCUCUCUCUCUCUCUCCGAUUAAAAUCAAGAAUUUCCUUUUAAUUUGCAGAGUCUGUGAACUUCAACAGCAAACUCAGAUGGGUCAGAAGAAGAAGACUGCUUCGUUGUUCAUCAGGCUUGUUUCAGCUGCUGGGACUGGAUUCUUUUAUGUGAAGAGGAAGAACCCCAAGAGGAUCCAGACGAAGCUUGAGUUCCGAAAGUAUGACCCACGUGUGAAUCGUCAUGUUCUGUUUACUGAGGCAAAGAUGAAGUGAAUGAGAAGCCGCCCUCGGAUAAUGCCAAUCUGUGCUUAUCCCUUAUCUUGGAUCAAUACCAUGUUGCUGCUAUUCCUUCUAAACAGAAUAUUUGUACUAACUUGAGCUAGAUACAAAAAUUAUCUUCCGUGCUGUUUUGUUUUCGGUGUGAUAAUUUCGGCACUGUUUGGUACAAUUUGAUAAUUAGAAACCAGAAGUUAAACAUAUAUCUAUCCCAAGUUAUUUUUA